GUCCCAGAGUGUGCUAGAGGCACUGUGCGCGCCGGAGCAGUAAGGGGAAGGCGAAGGACCGGAGAGGUGCGCGCGUGCGCAAGUCGCCGGCCCGGAAGGGGAACUGCGCGGAGGCGGUGACUCGGCGCUGAGCAUUUCAGAUCUGCUUGGUGUAAGCCUGGUACGCCACCAUGUUGGCCGCAGGGUUUGUGUGUCUCCGGAUUCUCCCUUCAAGGACUUUCCACCCAGCUUUCACUAAGGCCUCCCCUCUCCUGAAGAAUUCCAUCACAAAGAAUCAGUGGCAUCUAACACCCAGCAGGGAAUAUGCCACCAAGACAAGAUUUGGGAUCCGGCGUGGGAAAACUGUCCAAGAACUCAAAGAGGCAGCGCUGGAACCAUCAAUGGAAAAAAUAUUUAAAAUUGAUCAGAUGGGAAGGUGGUUUGUUGCUGGAGGGGCUGUUGUUGGUCUUGGAGCCUUGUGCUACUAUGGCUUGGGAAUGUCUAAUGAGAUUGGAGCUAUUGAAAAGGCUGUAAUUUGGCCUCAGUAUGUGAAGGACAGAAUUCACUCUACCUACAUGUACUUAGCAGGAAGUAUUGGCUUAACAGCUUUGUCUGCCUUGGCAGUGACCAGAUCCCCUGUUCUCAUGAGCUUCAUGAUGAGAGGCUCCUGGGUGACAAUCGGUGCAACCUUUGCAGCCAUGAUUGGAGCUGGAAUGCUGGUACACUCAAUACCAUAUCACCAGAGCCCAGGCCCAAAGCAUCUUGCUUGGCUGCUACAUUCUGGUGUGAUGGGGGCAGUGGUGGCUCCCCUGGCCAUCCUAGGGGGACCUCUGCUCAUCAGAGCUGCCUGGUACACAGCCGGCAUCGUCGGGGGCCUCUCCACGGUGGCCAUGUGUGCUCCCAGUGAGAAAUUCCUGAACAUGGGCGCACCCCUGGGAGUGGGCCUCGGUCUCGUCUUCGUGUCCUCACUGGGAUCCAUGUUUCUUCCCCCAACGACUGUAGCCGGUGCCACUCUGUACUCAGUAGCAGUGUAUGGUGGGUUGGUUCUUUUCAGCAUGUUCCUUCUAUAUGACACCCAGAAAGUAAUCAAGCGUGCAGAAAUAGUACCAACGUAUGGAGUUCAAAAAUACGAUCCCAUCAAUUCGAUGAUGGGAAUCUACAUGGAUACGUUAAAUAUAUUUAUGCGAGUUGUCACUAUGCUAGCAUCUGGAGGCAACAGAAAGAAAUGAAGUAACUCUGCUUCUGGCUUUUCUGAUACAUCAGAUACCGUGUUUGUUUAAUUGGGACAGAUACUGAUCAAAUGGUUUGUACAGCCAGCUUUCACUGAAGUUUAGAAGACGAGAACAUGCCAACAUGUUUAAAAUGUUCCAGUAUAAUGUGAUGCUUUAGGUCUGCUUUUUCUUCUGGAGAAUAAAUUCACUUAGAGAUAAGCACACACAUUUCCACUUCUCAUGCUUGAGUAACUGUAAAAUGUUUCAACAAAUAUGAAAACUAAGGUUUUAUUAUGAGAAUUUAAGUAUUUUAUCUAUUUUUAAGUUUAGUUAAGUAAAAAUUAGCAAGUGGCGUUUAGCUGCAUAUGCUUGGAAUGCAGAAUAUUAUAAGUAACAUCCUAAGCGACAUAGAGGUUUGGUAAAGGGACCAGAAAUAAAGGGUCACCUGCAGUCUUUCUUUGAAUACUUGGGACUCAGCACUUGUGUAGUUGGUGGUGAGCGAGUGAGAACCAUCUGGCUAUAUGGAAACAAGUGACCACUGUACAUUCAUCUGGUGCACUUAGCAGAAGCUUUGAGCAUCAAAGACCCAGGUGACCACUAUCCUGCUGUUGCUUCUCAGUGCUCUCUUUACAAUGUAGAUGUGGUCAUGGGGCCUCAUUGUUAUGACAGCCCAGAGUGUUAAUCACAGGGAGAAUCCCUACUAUGUGUAUGUGACUUUUCAGUCUUCUAGAAUAAACUAUCUUUAAAAUUAGUCUCAAGAUAAAAUUUUCAAAACACGAAAUUUGUUGCAUUUGCAAGUAUACAAAUAACAUGUUCAUAAUUGCCAAGGGUUUUUUUUUUUCAUGUUUAUUAAAAUGU